AUGGGUAAUACUACAAGUUGUUUCGAACGUUGGGGAAAACGUAGACCCGAUGGUCCGCUAAUUAAGCCUUUAAAAGAUGGUCAGCAUAAGAGUUCAUCUGGUUUACAUAUAAGAACUAUAGGAGGGACUAAUACUGCAGAUAUUCCUGUCGCAGUUGUUAACUCAAGCUCUAACAGUAAAGGAGUCCACAAAAAACCAAGUAUUGAAAUAUCUAAUGACAUAAAACCUUCUAAAAGUCCGGAUAUACAGGAAACAUCAAGUGAAGAUGAGUAUGAGGAGGACACCACAAGUAAAAAUAUACUAAGCGAACAAAUACUUGAAUAUCGUAAAAAAUUGACUAAAACAGCUAAGCUUAUGUAUCUUAGUUUCUUUAAUGUAUCUGUCACUGUGACAUUAUCAAGUGAUGGUUCUCAACUAGAGUGGUACAAAACGUCAGUCAAUGUAGAAGAUAUAGAGUCAAGAGGUCCUCCUUUAGGAUCAGUAAAUUUAAAUGAUAUUGAAAGUGUAGAGUUUAGUAGUGGAACAGAGCAAAAUUUGGAAAUUAAUAUGAAGAACAAGGAUGUACUUAGUUUCCAAUUUAAAAACAGAGAAGAAAGGAGUAAUUGGAAGAAGACUUUUGAUAAGUACAUUCGAUUGAUUAGAAUUGGCUGA